AUGCACCCCGCGAUAAGGGUGUGUUUGGGCCUUGUUAAAAACAGAACAUUGCACAUAGACCGCAAUGAAGGACCGGACUGUAAGGAUCUGUUUAGGAAACACCUAUCCACCAUCUUCAACGAGUCAAGAUACGGAAAUGCGUCUACAAACGUACUUUCGGAUGACGAUAGUUUCGACGUGUGGCGCUACCUCGCACAACAGUUGGAACCAAGAAGAGAUGAUUUACCAACAGUCAUCAGUAUCACUCUUAUAUACUGCAUUCUCUUUUGCACAGGAGUUUUUGGAAAUGUGUGCACGUGCAUUGUAAUAGCAAAAAAUAAGUUCAUGCACACAGCUACAAAUUAUUAUUUGUUUAAUCUGGCUGUGGCUGAUCUACUUUUGUUACUUAUAGGCCUUCCCCCGGAUCUUUAUACAAUAUGGUCAUUGUAUCCAUGGAUAUUCGGCGAAGCAUUUUGCGUGGCACGAGUGCUUUUCGCCGAAAUUUCGACGUUUACGUCGAUUUUAACUAUAACGGCAUUCACUGUGGAACGGUAUGUUGCAAUAUGUUUUCCAAUGAAGGCUCAAAGAAUGUCCAGUUUAUAUCGGGCUGUGCGCGUGAUAUUCUGCACGUGGUGUCUGUCGACAAUAUGUGCAAUCCCCCAAGCGAUACAAUAUGGAGUGGUGUACAUCCCCGACCCCUGGAACAGCACCGUCAUACAGUCAGCUAUGUGUACAUUCAAAGCCCAAGAAGGCAUCAAAUGGACGUUCCAGGUGUCGGCCAUUAUUUUCUUUGCCGUACCAAUGACCUUCAUCACCGUCCUUUAUACUCUCAUCGCCAUCACCAUCCGGAGAUCUACACUCAGUCGGGGAUCAAUGGAUUCAUCCAGUAAGGAACAUCUGCGUGGUGUAGAACUCCACGCGCAACAACAGGCGCGGGCGCGCCGCUCUGUUCUAAAGAUGCUGGUGGCCGUGGUGGUGGCGUUUUUUGUAUGCUGGGCGCCUUUCCAUGCCGAACGUCUUAUGGCGAUUUACAUCUCGAAAUGGACGGGAUUUCUGUUAAAGAUUCACAAGAAACUAUUUUAUUUGUCAGGUGUGUGUUACUUUAUCAGCGGAACAAUAAAUCCUGUUCUGUAUAGCAUUAUGUCAUUGAAGUUUCGACAAGCGUUUAAACAGACAUUAUUGCGGCAGUGUUGUCGCAAACCUACACGACAUCGACCGAAUCAUUUUUCCUACAAAUUCGUGCACAGAAAUGGCCACACGGAGACGAGCUACACUUCGGUCGGCCCCCUCGGACUUGGGGCGGGUCGCCGGGCGCUCAGUCGGCCGCUCCCUACGAGGGGGGCUCAACGGCUCGGAGACAACAAACCUCUCGCUCACAGUUCGGGCUCCACAUCCAGUCAAAAGCGAACGAGUCUUACUCGCUCUAUUAGUGGAAGCAGUCUGAAGUCAACUGACGAGAUGUGUGGGGAGGAGGAUAUGCAAGAGGUCCUCUUCCAGAUCAAGUGUUAUGACAGCAACCGUAACACGGCAGAACUAGUAAUUGGUGUAUGUUAA